AUGUGGCCUCCGACUUCUCCGGUCGACACUCUUACGCGGCCACGCAUCGCCGUGGCCGUCGUCUCGGUCGUGGCGGCAGCUUCCAUCGGGCUCUACGCCUACCAAUCCAACCGCCACGGCGCUCGUGUAGGGACUCCAACCGGCCCCGGUCUUCAUCGAAGCAACGCCGUGCGUCGACCUCGUGCCGCAGCCGCAGCCGCAGCCGCAGCCGCCGCAGAGGCAUCCAGCUCCUCUCCGUCCGACACCCCUGGCGACGAAAACGUCGACGUGACCAACUUGCGGAUCCCGGCCGACGCCGAAACCGUGGCUGAUGUGGACAACGGAGACGACUGGUGGAACGGCCCUUCGGAUUUUCAACCGUCGCAAAGGGCUGGCCAUAACAUUGUCAAUCUGCUCUUCCGAGUCUCCGAAGACAAUGCCCGCAGGAACGGAUGUGUUCAUAGGGGGUGCCAGUGUAACUCAUGCGGCAUGGUGCCUAUACGCGGAGUCCGCUACCGAUGCGCAAACUGUGCCGACUUUGACCUGUGCGAGACUUGCGAAGCCCAGGGCGUGCACAUCAAGACGCAUGUGUUCUACAAGAUCAAGGUCCCCGCACCGCCCUUUGGUCCCAGGCAGAUGCAGCCCGUCUGGUACACGGGCGAUCCCGACACCUGUCGACGCAACCUUCCGAGGAACCUGAUAUCACGACUCUCCCGGGACACCGGAUUCGAACGGCCCGAGCUGGAGGCGUUUUGGGAGCAGUGGACCUACAUGGCCAACACGGAGUGGAGAGACGACCCGGACGAGCUAUGCGUGGCCAUGGAUCGCAAGACGUUUGAGCGGUGCUUGGUCCCGACCGGGGGGUCUCGACACGCGGCACCGAACCUGAUUCACGACCGCAUGUUUUACUUUUACGACUCCAACCGGGACGACCUGAUUGGCUUCGCCGAGUUUCUGCAGGGCCUCUCUUACCGCAAGAGGAAGGACAAGCUGAGGAAGGUGUUUGAGGGAUACGACAUUGACGGCGACGGGUACGUCAACCGGCGGGACUUUUUGCGCAUGUUUAGGGCGUACUACGUGCUGUACAAGCAGAUGCACAAGGACAUCCUCGACGGCUUGGAAGACCAGUUGCUCGCCAGCACCGAGGCGCAGCAGCUCGUGUCCAGCCGACAACCUCUUAGCAGCCUGUUCGGCAGAGAGGGUAGGGUUCCUCAGGGCGAUUCGAGCUCGAGGUUCGAGGGCAAAACAAUCAAGAGGGAUGGCACGGUCGAGGUCGCUGAUGGCUACACGAGCGCCUUUACGGAGAGUCGGGGGGAUACGGCUCGCAGAGAGGACAUCCUGGCCAGCCUCUUUGCCUACGACACGGACAGCCGACCUCGCCGCCUGCUCGCGCGCAACGACGCCGACACCAACUGGCGAACCGUGCGCCGCGUCAGCGGGUUCGACCUGGACAGGGCCUACUGGUCCGCGCUGCUGGAUCCGCCCACCACCCUCGAGGAGAUGCCGCACAUUUUCAACGCUGCUCAGGAGUCAAGCGACGCCGACAGCGAGGCGGACGAAGAAGACGCAGAGCAAGAGGAAGCGGGCGAGGGCGAGGGCGAGGAAGACGGGGACGAGGAGAAUAAGGAGGAGGACAUGAACGAGGAUUCAGGCCUUUCGUACAGCGAGGCGCGCGCUCGGGAUGCCGCCCGCAGCCGCAGGUUGGCUCCGAAGCUGGAGAGGCGGCGUCGAGACAUGGCGCGCAAGCACCUCCACGAACGGUGGAGAAGACGCCAGUUUUACCUCGACGAAGAGGAAGGCGGCGUGGCCCCGGACGACUGGGACGACGACGAGGACACCCUGGCCAAGAUUAACCGCCUGGCAGAGGAGGCCAAGUCGGCCGAGGCCGCGCCUCCUCCCCUGACGACCCGAUCACGGUCAAGCUCCAAGGUACGAUUCGCGGAGGACACGGACGACUUUGAGACGCGCUCCAACCCGUCUACGUCUUCGCGAAGCGUGCCGGAGCGAUGGGGCGGCAUGGACAUUCCCGACGCCGAGCGCGACGCCGGCAAGGAGAUUCUCUACCAAGUCACGCAGCAGGCCUUCAACGAGCUGCUCGACACCAUUUUCAAAAAGGCCGAGGACAUGGCCGUCACGGCGGCGGAGACGGCAGAGGACCGGCAACGGUUCAGGGCCCAGAUUGACGCCGCGACGGAGCUGCCCGACACGGGGGUGGCGGCGGCAGCGGCGGCGGCAGCGGCGGCCCAGGAACAGAAAGACGCCGCGAACGCCGCCGGCUCCGCGCCGAGGGCCAGCCCCGAUUUGGACAAAUCGCUGGCCGAGCUGCUGGCCGAGACGGGCUACACCGUGGUCCCGGGCGAGCCUCGCCACGCCGUGGAAAUCAGCACCGCGGCCGCCGAGACGCCCGCGGCCCGCGACCCAACCUGGCCGCAGUUCCGACCAAACACCGCCGCCGACACCGCGGACCGCCCGUCGCCGCGCCAGCCCGCCGAAGCCACCCUCCGCUACUGGAAGCAGCUGACGGCGGCGGAGGCGCAGGCCAGCGAGCGCGGCGGCUGGGGCCGCCUCAGCUUCGCCGAGUUUGAGGAAAUCUACAAGAGCCAGGGGGAUCUGGGCAACCGGCUAGACUACCUGGGCAGCUGGAUCGACUUUUGUAUACCUUAG